GCAGGAGUCGCAGUUGGUCGGCUUUGUAAACGUGAAUCGAGUACAAGUCCGUGCUUUCACCGAGCAGCCGGAACAAUAAGCCCCGGAAUUGGAAAGCGGAACAUAAACCGGAUACACACAAUGUGCGUGUGCAGUGAAAUUAAGUGAAAAGCCAAAAAUCAUCAGCUUACUAACUUUAAAAACUUUAAAAUCCUUUAAACAUCGGAGAAAAUACCAGGAUAAUAAAAAAAAACACUCACAAAACAAGAGCCAUCACUAAAGGCGCCCCUGCAGGCGUGUGUAUGUGAAGGUAUUUAAAAAAGGAUAAUAAGAAAGGAGAGAGAGAAGUAAAGGGGAAUCCCGUGAAGGUAGGACGACCUGUGUGCGAGCGAGAUGGACAGCUCGCCGGAUCUGUCGCUGAAAUUGCGACGCGGUUCCAGCGAUUCGCGGGAUAACUUUUACAUGGACUUUGCCCAGGGCAUCGACUCUGAUAUCGAGGAGGUGGACAACACGGCCAAUCCGGAGGCGGUAGAGGUUCCGCCGCCACCACUGCCCACAGUUUCGCUAGCCGAAGAGGUCCUGCUUCUGGUGGCGCCACCGCCACCGCCACCCUCUUUACUGGGUCAACCACUGCCCACGCUAACGGAAACGGAUGAUAUUCCACCCACGCCUACGCCACCACCACAGCAAAAGGACGGAGAGGAAGAGGAAGAGGAGCAGGAGGCCGAGCAAGAAGCGGAGGAUCAAGAUGACCAAGAACAAGGAGCUAGGGCAGCACCUUCGCCACCAGGCUCACCCAUUAAUUCAGUCCUGGAACUGGAGCUAAUACCACCUCCGCCAUUAUCACCAUUGGAGGAUGCUGGCCUACGCACAGAUGACGACGGCGAGGAGACCGAUGACGCAGAGGAGGUGGUGGCCAUUCCGCCGCCCCAGGAAAUGCUGGAUGCCGUAGAUAAUACAGAAGAGGAGGAGCAGGAAGCAGCAAGCGCCAAUGAAGAAGACGAGGAGGAGGACGACGACAAGUCCACGCCACCGCCGCCCCUGCCACCGCUCCCCUCCAAUCUCUCCUAUGUCCAGGGACACAAUCUCGGCCAGGUGACCCCGCCCUUGACCAAGUCGCCAUCCAACUCACCUUCGCCGCCCGUGACUCCGCCCCCGUGCCCGGAACUAAACAUCAGCCGGAUGGUAUCGCCACCUGCCCAGCAUAUCAGUCAGAUACCACCACUCACGCCCUCCGACGAAAGCGAGGGUGAGGCGGAGUCCCAGCCCAACUCACCGCCUCCCAGAUUGGAGGCGGAACAGCCGCCACCCGGAAUGGAUCAUGACGAUCCAGAGGAUCAGCAACCCGAACCGGAGCCCGUUAGUGGAGCUCGCGAAGACUACAGCCGCUCGCUGGACAACGAAGAUGAGUCCACCACCAUUACUACACCGCCCAGCAACGGCUACUCCGCCUCCUCCAUCAUAGCUCCUCCCCCCGAGAACUUUGCGGAGUUGGAGGAGGACAGGGGCUUUAUACCACCACCGCCCCUGGAACAAGAGCCCGAGGAAGAGGAGGAUGAGGAGGAGGAGUUGACCAAGGAGACGGAUGAGAUAUCCGUGGACAGGGAAUCGCUGCAGGACCAGGCCGGCGAUAGCAUUAGUUCUCCACGGGCGGCCAGCAUCCUGACGGGGUCAAUUUCCACAUCCGUUGGUGGCGGAGGAGGAGGAUCACCGAAGCCUGAAAGCCGCGGACCGAGUCGCAGUGGCAGCCAACGGUCGCAGCUUAGAUCGGGAUCACAGCAGGGCUCGUUGCCAGGAUCACGGGGUGGAUCUCGCAUAGGAUCCCGCACGGGAUCUGUGGCCUCUGCCCAAGCAGCAGGCGUCCUCUCCCCGCAGGCCUCCCUCAAAUCGCAGACAUCGAUACGUUCGCAAGGACACACUUCCGUGCGGAGUCCUGUCGGAUCCAUCAAGUCCGGAUCGCAGCGCGUGCAGAGUCCGCCGGCCGGAGAGGGAGCUCCAGCUAUGCCCUCGCCACCACUGAUGAGGAGUCCGCCGCCGGAACUGGCCCGCCAGAUGCAUAGUCCGCCAAGGAUCACGACGCCGCCGAGGGUCUGCAGUCCGCCGCUGGUCAGCAGUCCGCCCAAGCUGGCCGAGUCCGCUGCCGCCGCCGUGGGAGUCGCGGCCGCAGUCAGGGAGCAGAUCAGUUCGAGCAGCUGCACCACUGAGCCGCCGGAGCCACAGAAGCCACCGAUAGCCACAGUGAGCUACCAGGAUGAGCAGGCGCCGAAGCCGCCGGCGGUGCUCACCAGCCAGCCGAGGUCGCACUUCACGAGCAGCCACCACCACUACCACUUGCCGCACCAGUUCCAGCAUCCCCACCACCAGAACCACCACACCCACAGCGUGCGGGUGCCCACGCCCACUGUGCCGAGCAGCUAUGCCCCGCCCCCGCCGCCCGUGGACAGUGGGAGCAGCAGCUCGCCCGUGGACCGCCGGCGACUCUUUAUGGCCGCUGCUCCUCCGAUCGCCGCCGGCGGAUCGGCAACAGUAACUGCAACAUCAACUGCAACCGGAUCCCUGAUGGCAACGCCCGCCGAGCCGGCGGUGGCCAUUUCUCCGGGCAGAGUGUCAGCCCGGUCGGGAUCGCAGCACCACGUGACCAUCGAUGAGUCCAGCUUGCCCAGCCACAAGGGCAACAUCCAGGAGACGCCGGGGCCCAGUGGCCUGAUCAUCGGCGGAGGAGAUGGCGACGGGGAUCGGGACAUUGGGGACGGAGGACCCGACAGCUCGGACCCGCCCUCCUCACCCGGAGGCAGCAGCUCCCAGCCGGCCCUCAGCGGAAGUCAGGCGGAGGGACAGCUCGCGUUGAUGUACCACUCGCACCAGCUGACCAACUACCCGGUGCUGCCCGCCAUCAAGCGCACCCACCGGCCAUCCUUCGUGUAUCCGCCGAUGCCAAGGGUCAAGGCCGGCGAUGCAUUGGCCACUCUUUUCUCCGCGCUCUAUGGCAAACUAUUGGUCGUAAUGGGCAUAGCAUUUCCCAUGGCAGAGGUUAUAUCGACCUAUAUCCCACCCUCCUUCUAUGAGGUCUACUAUUUGUACUUGUACAUUGGCAGCAUGAUAUUCCUGCUUUUUAUGUACGCCACUUUGUUGUGGGGACGACCUAAGUUGCCGGUUCCAAUUGCCACUUCCCCGAACAAGUCGACGACGAAGGCGAGUGGAACGGACAGCAUGGACGAAUCGGAUACGGAUAGCAACUCCGUGCACCACCGGCUUCCUCCGGCGAUUCCCGUGAGGAGACCAUCGCUUCUCGCGCCACUCGGAAGGCGGGAUGCCCACUACGGCAGCUUUUAUCUGCGCAUGGGGGCCGUGGCCUUCGGAAUCGGCAGCAUGAUUUACUCGGGUCUGGAGUUUGGACAGUAUUUCGAACUCAAUCCGGACACCAAGUGCCACAACGUAUUGCUGGCCUUGACCCCGGCCACCCGGAUGGCCUUCAUCUUCAUCCAGAUGUACUUCAUCUUCCUGAACAACGAGCAGAUCAAGGUGUAUCGGUACAAGAUCAUUGCCCGCUUUGGUCUGAUGCACAUGAUCGGAACGAAUUUGGCCGUUUGGCUGAACGUGCUCAUCCAGGAGACGAAGCACGAGAUAUUGACGUUCUACAAUCCGGAGAAUCGCACGCUGAGAAUCUCGCACAGGAUUCCGGGGCACUCCAGGGGGCAUGCCAUUAUCCAGCACGAUCCGACGGCCCAUUUAAGGGUGCCGCGGGGCCUGAAGGGACCCUAUCAGAUCUUCGAGUGCCGGCGAACGAACAUCAUUGGAACCCUGGUGCAGGACGCCUCGCCCUUCCUGUUUCCCUGCACCAUUGAGUAUUCGCUGAUCUGUGCGGCCAUACUUUACGUGAUGUGGCGCAGCAUUUCGCGGCCCCAGACGCCCACGCCCCAGCGCCCGGAUAUGAUCAGUUCGCCUAUGAAGCGCUCACCGCACCACUACUCCGUGGACUGUGCCCGCGCCCACAAGGGCCUGUUCGUGGGCAUACUCAUCCUGGUGCUGACCAUCAUAUCGCUGAUUAUCUUCUUUGUGCUGAUCUCCCGGCCGGAGUUUGUGGCCCUAGCUGUCACGGAGGUGACCAUUUGUGAGCUGCUCAUCUACGGAACGGCCACGAUAGCCACCUUGGUCGGGAUGAUCCAGAUCCGGCACCUUCAGUACGACGCAUACAGAAGCUUCUCGCUCGAUGACAUACUCCUGGUGGGCGCCCAAACGGGCUCGUUUCUCUACAACAUCUUUACAGUCAUUGCCGGGCACUUUACCCUGCGGAGCGACGAUAUGCUUGUGCCCAUAAACGCCCUAGCCUCCAUUGUGCAGACCGCCUGCCAGACGAUGUUCAUCUUGGACGCCAGUCGCCGGCAGGCCGUCAGUCCGGAGCACCUGCGCAAGAAGCCGGGCCGCGAGAUCGUCACCUUUAUGCUGGUCGUCAACCUGGCCAUGUGGGCCAUCAGCACGCUGGAGAAGUCCCGCGCCGAGUCGCACCCCAUUCAACUAAACUUCUACGGCCUCUGGGCCUGGACGAUCAUCACGCACGUGUCGAUGCCGCUGGCCAUAUUCUAUCGGUUCCACUCGACGGUCUGCCUGUGCGAGAUCUGGAAGAGAGCCUAUAAACUGAAGCCCACGUACAUGUGAGAGUUCGCCCGCUCGCGCAUCCAGAGCAUUGCGCAGCAGCAGCAAUUCUGUGAGGAUCUCAAGACGAACCUGUCCUACUGCUACUGCUCCACGACGCUGGCUGGCGGCGAGCUGGAGACCGUCGAGGAGGUGGAGAGCGGGGAGAGCAAUUCUGCGGAGGAUGGAGGAGCACCAGCAGGUGGAUCAGGAGGAUCGGGAGGAGCAGCAGGAGCAGCAGGAACAGAAGAAGGCCAACAAGGCGGCGACAGCAGCUGUGGACUGAGACCACCCAUCCGGGCGCUGUCGCCGCAGUCCCUCAACACGGAAAAGGCCUUCUGUCCGGUUUACGUGAUCAACGGCGAAUGAGUUUACGCGCACUUUGAGUUCAUCGACGCGAUCAGCGGCCAUGAGCUCAGCUUUGUCUAGGACUUGCAUCCGCUAAACACCGUCAUACCAGUAUACCACCAUCAAUCCACCCACCAACAAAACUAGGAACCCAUCUUCGAAAACCACCAAAAGCUAAAACAUAAAUCCAAGCGGAUGCAAGCGUUAAAAGCCCAAAACAUAUCCUAGAAAAGAAACAUUAGAAAGCAAAGUCAAAUCAAAGAGUUAGUCCCAUGCAAGGAUAAAUCAAAAAGUUAAGCUCCAAUGCAGAGAUAAAUCAAUGAAGUAAUCCCAAGCAAUGUCAUUAGGGCGUAUACGCAAUAAGUUACAAACAAUUGCCGUUAGUACGUAUACGCAAUAUAUUAAAUGGUUUAAGGUCGUAACGCUCACUCACUACCAGAAAGGGAUUGUUCCAAAAAAAAAUGUAAAUGCUCCAUUUUAUCAAGAGACAAAUAUGUUUAACCCAUAUUACAUGCUAUGAUAAGGAGAGAAGUUUUAAAUUCUCAUGAAAUACGUUUUUUUCCCGUCUUGUCAAAACAAAUUUUGUCAAAAAUUGCCUUUGAAGAUAUCCAUUCAGACUUUGAUAUUUUAGGUUUUGAAUAACAUGUCAGGAUUUUUGUUUCACUUAAUAAAGGCCUUGAUUUUCGAGUUAAUUCCCUUUGGUAGCGAGAGAGCGAUAUGAGAUUUAUUGUAGGCAAAUCACGUAACCGUAGAUGAAUUCACGUUUAUCCCCUACAUACAAUCCCAAAUCAAAAAUCACGUUUGGUAAAUGUUGGAAAAGAUCGCGAUCGAAAAACAACAACAUUUUAUAUAUUUAUAUAUAGUAACUGACUGAGGAUCAGCAAAACGGGUUGUGAACCAACCGCACUACGACGUAUGCCGCUAAACUAACGAUCAACCAAAUAGAGAGCAGAUAUACCAAAUAUGUAUAACCCAAAUAAGCGAGUUCUAUAAAAGAUAUUUACAAGGAUAAUUAAUCGGUGUUCCAAGUAUACUCGAUAUAUUAAAAGUUGGAAGAAGAUAGAAAGAAAAAAAGUGAAAAAGGCAAAGAAAGAGGAGAAGAAUAAGGACAUGAGAAGUCAUUAACCCCACCAGAAAUCGAGGAAUCGCAAAAGUUAUUAGACAACACCGUACUACAUAGUAGACGGUUUACACAGCCUAGCACCUAAGGAUAUAUACUCACAUGCAUAUGUAGAUGUUCAAUCCAGAUUGCAAAAGACCCCCUUUUAAAACCCCUCGAAUACGACCCACUCUUGGAUCGAUUGAGCCCCUUGUUGAGAUGCUUGAUUUUUAGCGUUGCAUUUAACUGAAUUUGUUAACUUUAAUUCGAGUUAACUUUAGUUAAGAUGCUUGAUUUUUAGCGUAGCGUUUAACUGAAUUUGUUAUCUUUGAUUCGAAAUAAGAGACAUCCUGUUAAGAACCUUGUUUGGCCCGAAUAGGUUUUUAUGUGAUAAGUUUUUGCUUGUUCCAGUUCUAGUUCCAGUAAUACCCCAGAUCCCAUUUCAGUAUUAUGGAUGCUCAAAACCACUGUAGAAGGACAAAUCAAGAGAUUGCGAAAUAAAUCCAAUGAAAUCACUUACUGUAAGACGCACAAAUCUAUUUAAGGAGAUAUAAAUACGUAUGUCUGUGUUUUUUUUUGUCUACCAUAAUGGUAUAAGAUAUCUAGGAUAUAGACUCCACUUACACUUGCGAUAUAUAUUUUUCAAUGCCAAAGAGUUCUUUACGUAGCCUAUGUUGUAGUUGCUUUCUUGUUGAGUUCGAGUUUUUUGAAUCUACAGACUCAUCCAUUGUAUAUUCAAAGUUAUAUGAAUGCCAAAAUCGAAAUCAAAACCAAAAACACGAACAAAAAAUCGUAAGAACGACAAAAUAUAUAUUUAAUUAGUUAUUUCAAUUUUAUACUCGUACUAAAUUUUUAACUAGAAUUAACUGUAACUUUAUAUGCAUUUUCUUACAUGUAUUUAUUGUACACCGACUCGGAACACUGCUCGAAAAUCGCAUAUUUAGCGAAAAAUCAAAAUUUAAAAUUGUAUUGUAUUUAUUAGAAUUUAUUGAAACUAAGUAGUUACGACGAGAAAUCGUACUCAUUAGAGGAACUCCUAUUCCACGUAGAAUCGAAACGGAAAACGAAAGCAGUAAAUGGACAUUUUAUGCGAUUUAUAAAUAAAAAGCCAAAGAAAACCGAAAAAACAAACAGAAAUAUUCAAGUUAUACCCGAAAACCAUUAUUUGUUCUUAUUACUCAAAAAAGAAAAUCAAAAUAAACGUAAUAAUCGUAAUUGUGGGACUCACGUUGUAAUUCGAACUAAGAUGACAAUUUUUGAUCUUUGUGCGACUAUUCCUAUUUCUGUAGUUCUUUUUCAAUGGUUAAGAAAUACAUAUUUCGAUCCAUUGUAUUUCCUAGUUCUUUUACAGCUCUUUUUCAAAUUCAAUUUCCACUUAUUCGCCAAAUUCUUAAAACAUUUCUUGGGUUAUUAUCGAUUACUUUAAUCGAGCAAUAUUUCUAAAAGUUUUCAUCUAUUUCUUCUGCAUUUUAAUUGUACCUUCUGAAAUAAAAUAGCAAUAAAGGUAACCCAUUAAAUUGUUCAAGUAUUCCCUAGGAAUAUUUGGUUUACUCAUAUAGUAAUCUAUUAAUAGAUUAAGAAUUGCAUUUUCCAGGCAUUUAUUGCGAUCUUUCUCUGUUCCAUUACCAUUUUCAAGGAUAAACAUACAAUUCAGACUAAUAAUAUCUUUAUAAUCAGUAAAUAACUUUUGGUCCCUAUUCAUGGAAAACUUUCCAGCAUUUAACAACACCAUUCACUUUCAAACUUUUCCCCAUAAUACUCAACCAAUACAACUUGACUAAGCCUAGGAAAAGCAAUUUGUAUUAAGUGUUACAAGUAUUUAUAUGUAUUUACAAUAAUGGCUAUGAAGAUAAAGUUAAAAACCCAAGAUAAAACUAGUCGUGAAUGUUCUGUGUUCCCCAAAAAUACACCAUCAGCCCCGUACACCCGAAAAAAAAACUAUAUUGACUAUAAAAAAGCAGUAAAUAUGCAAUAAAUAUGAAUAAUAAAUUGAAACGUAAUUCGAUUACUAUGGAAAA